AUGGGGGCGUCGCGCGUCGAGGGCGCGAUCGGGGCGGUGGGACGGUGCGCGCGGACGCGUGGACGGGCGCGCGGGCGUGGACGGGCGCGCGGACGCGGUGGUCGAGCGGUGGCGCGGGCGGAGGCGUUCGCGAGCGACGCGGCGCGCGCGGCGAGCGCGAGAGGGCGGCUGGCGGUGAAGAACGCGAGCGAAGAGGCUCGAGCGCUGCUCGAGGGCGCGAAGGCGCCGACGACGCGAAAUGAGGAGUAUCGGUUUACCGAUUUCAGCGCGUUGACGACGGCGGCGUUCGUGGGGCCGAGGGAAGACGCGCGAUGCGACGCGAGCGGGACGAAGGUCGCGGAGGCGUGCGCGAGGAUAGUCCUCGUGGACGGCGCGUUGGACGCGACGCAGAGCGAUUUGACGAACGCCGCCAAGGCUGGGGUGGACGUCCGCGUGGGUGAGGGCGACGAGACGACCGGGGUGCAGAGCGCGGUGAGAGGAAACGUGUUCUCCGCCAUCAACUCGGCGAGCGCGUCCGACGUGGUCGUCGUCAAGGUGGCCAAGGGCGUGAAGUGCGCGAUGCCGAUCCACAUCGUCACCUUGUCCACGGGCGGUGAUAGUGGCGCGAUGCGAGUGUCGGCGCCGCGAGUGACGAUCGUUCUCGAGGAGGAUGCGGAGCUGUCCGUCGUGGAGGACUUCGCGGGUGAGGGCGAGACCGAGUACUGGCAAAAUGGCGUAUGCGAAAUCACCCUCGCCAAAGGUGCUUCGAUGAAGCACUCGCUCAUUCAAAACCACGGCCGGUCGGCCACGCACACGCGCACGACACUCGUGACUCAAGCGGAGGGAUCCAGGUACGAAGCAAACGAAGUCUCCGUCGGCGGCAAGACGGCGCGUCACGACCUCAACAUUAAGCAACUCGGCCCGAGAACGGAAACCGUGCUUGGGUGCUUCAACCUCGCCGGAGCCGAGCAAACCUUAGAUUUACACAGCAAAGUAUUGCUCGAUCACGAGGAAGGUGUGAGUGAUCAGUUACAUAAGUGCAUCGUGAGCGCGGCUUCCGGACGCGGCGUCUUCGAUGGCAACGUGCAAGUGAACAGGUUCGCGCAGCGCACGGACGCACAGCAGCUCUCGCGCAACUUGCUCCUCGUUCCCAAGGCGACGGUGAAUGUCAAGCCGAAUCUUCAAAUCAUAGCUGACGACGUUAAGUGCACGCACGGUUGCACGGUCAGCGAUUUGGAGGAGGAGGAAUUAUUCUACAUUCGGUCCCGCGGUUUGAGCACGGAAAUCGCUCGCUCGCUCUUAGUCAGCGGUUUCGGUGUCGAGGUGAUUAACCGAUUCCCGGGUAAGGACUUGCGCGAUCGCGUCAACGCCAUGGUUCGCAACGCGCUCUCGAGAGACAGCGUUGAGUUCGAGUGGACCGGAGACGCGUAA